AUGGCUCUGGUGUACGUGCGCCUUGCUUGUGAGGCGCACAUGCAGGGCACGGCGGACAUCGCUGCUUGGAUGGCCGUCACAGCGCCGUUCAAAGCCGUGCUGGAGGCUAGGAUGUCCCACAGUGUGGAGGUCGCGGCGGAUGGGCUGCUGAGCCAGCUUUGCGACGCGGUGGUGCAUUUGGGAGAGGACCUGCGGAUGACGCAGCCGUCGCCCCACCUCGCCGCGCUGCUUCUCCGGCCUUUCUCCUGCGGCGGGAUGAGGAAUGUCUCUUUCCUCGACCUCUUCUCCUGCAGCGAGGAGUCCGAGCGUGUGCGGGGGUUCCUCCUCCGCGACAUCCCAGGCGCUGACAUGCUUCACUCGUCCAUGAAGGAUUCCAACGGUGUCGAGGUGACGGUCCAGCUGUUCCACAUAUGCGGCAAGGACUUCGACGACCAGAUCUUCCACGUGGUGGGCGUGCGGGAGGAUGCGGAGUCGUUUCGGAUGCCCCCCCCGUCGAAGGAUGUUCCAGAAGAUGUUCCGCACGCCACCCCCGCGUGCUCCGAUCCGCUCGCGGAGCACUCGCCCUCCGACGGGGAGAGCGUCAGGACGCUUCAGCUGGAGAGCGACACCAUGGACCUGGCCGUGUAUUUCAGGCUGUUCGAGGCCGGCCACCCGGUGGAGAAGUGCUCCGCAGGCUUCACCGUGCUAAGCGGGCCGUCGGCGCUGGGGACGAGGCUGAUGGAGUGGAUGGUCAGCGCAGACAGCUUCGCCGAGCGCGUGCAGGAGCUGUGUGAGAGCGCCCUGCGCAAGGGGCGGGACCUGAACACGGAGCGAUCCGUACAGGUGAGGCUCAGGCCGCCGCACCUGCAUCGGCUCCAUAGGGAGCUCAGCGCCGAGGCCGUGCUCUCGCUGCUCCACAACGACGCCGACGCGGCCGUGCAUCUGUGGACGGCCAAAAUGGAGCUGUACGACACCAAGGUGGUCAGGAAACGCGGCAAGAGCGAGAAGAUGCACAUGCAAUUCAGGACGCUCUCGAAGAGGCCAGCCUCCGUUGCAAGUAUUGAGGAGGUCUCGGAUGAGCUCGACUUGCCCGAGGAGAUAGACGUGUAUUUCAAGGUGCUCGAGGACGGCUACCCCGUCACCGCGUGCUGCCCCCGCUUCGCCUCGUUUGUCGGGCUGCCCGAGAGUGGGUUCAGGUUGCUGGACCUGUUUGUCAAGCCAGAGGACUUCAUCUUGCGGGCGCAAGCAGUCUUCAGCGCAGGGUAUCACAGCGGGGACUUCGCUUCCUCGCAGAUGUGCAGGGGCGUUCGCCUGAAGCAGGCCCGCAAAAGCACGGGUCAACUGAGCUAUGGCUUCAAAGCCACCGUCGCGCUCAGCAUGGACCACAACGUCGGCGUUGAGGACGCCAACGAGUGGACGGUGAAGGCAAGAUUGUCCGACGUCAUGAAGGCCCCGCGGCACGCUCGGAGCGGAGGGGCGCAGUCCGCCGCGCUGGAGGGGCACUGCACCGGGGACCCGCAGCCCGUUG